AUGGUCAGCAGCCAAUACAAAUUGAGUGGGGGCUCAGUAGGUGGCACCCUCCCCUGGUGGUCUGCGCUGCAGGGGAGGUGCUGUGCUGCAGGUGCCAGGCUGAGCCGGGGUCUUUCCUGCAGCAUCCAGGCCUGCCCGGAUGUAAAGUACGGGAAACGGAUCCACGUGCUGCCCAUUGACGACACCAUCGUUGGCCUUACCGGAAACCUCUUUGAUGUGUACCUGAAGCCCUACUUCCUGGAGGCCUAUCGGCCUGUGCACAAAGGUGACAUCUUCCUGGUGCGCGGCGGGAUGCGGGCCGUGGAGUUCAAGGUGGUGGAGGUGGAUCCGAGCCCCCACUGCAUCGUGGCCCCCGACACCGUCAUCCACUGCGAGGGGGAGCCCAUCAAGAGAGAGGACGAGGAGGAGAGCCUGAACGACGUGGGCUACGACGACAUCGGGGGCUGCCGGAAGCAGAUGGCUCAGAUCAAGGAGAUGGUGGAGCUGCCCCUGCGCCACCCAGGGCUCUUCAAAGCCAUCGGCGUCAAGCCGCCCCGAGGCAUCCUGCUGUAUGGCCCCCCUGGCACCGGGAAAACGCUGGUGGCCCGAGCUGUGGCCAACGAAACAGGAGCCUUCUUCUUCCUCAUCAAUGGUCCGGAGAUCAUGAGCAAGCUGGCGGGCGAGUCAGAGAGCAACCUGCGCAAAGCCUUUGAGGAGGCCGAGAAGAACGCACCGGCCAUCAUCUUCAUCGAUGAGCUGGACGCCAUUGCCCCCAAGAGGGAGAAGACACAUGGCGAGGUAGAGCGCAGGAUCGUGUCCCAGCUGCUGACGCUCAUGGACGGCCUGAAGCAGCGCUCCCAUGUCAUCGUCAUGGCUGCCACCAACCGGCCCAACAGCGUCGACCCCGCCCUGCGCAGGUUUGGGCGCUUUGACCGUGAGAUUGACAUCGGGAUCCCUGACUCAGUUGGGCGGCUGGAGAUCCUGCAGAUCCACACCAAGAACAUGAAGCUGGCCGAGGACGUGGAUCUGGAGCGGGUGGCCAGGGAGACGCACGGGCACGUGGGCGCGGACCUGGCGGCGCUGUGCUCCGAGGCCGCGCUCCAGGCCAUCCGCAAGAAGAUGAACAUCAUCGACCUGGAGGACGACACCAUCGACGCCGACAUCCUCAACGCCAUGGCCGUCACCAUGGACGACUUCCAGUGGGCUCUCAGCCAGAGCAACCCGUCAGCGCUGCGGGAGACGGUGGUGGAGGUGCCCCAGGUCUGCUGGGAAGACAUCGGGGGACUGCAGGAGGUGAAGCGAGAGCUGCAGGAGCUGGUGCAGUUCCCGGUAGAGUACCCGGACAAGUUCCUGAAGUUUGGCAUGACGCCGUCACGGGGUGUUCUCUUCUACGGGCCGCCAGGCUGCGGCAAGACCCUGCUGGCCAAGGCCAUUGCCAACGAGUGCCAGGCCAACUUCGUCUCCAUCAAGGGCCCUGAGCUGCUCACCAUGUGGUUCGGGGAGUCCGAGGCCAACGUGCGCGACGUCUUUGACAAGGCUCGCCAGGCCGCCCCCUGCAUCCUGUUCUUCGAUGAGCUGGACUCCAUUGCCAAGGCGCGGGGCGGCGGCGCGGGGGACGGUGGGGGGGCGGCGGACCGCGUCAUCAACCAGAUCCUCACCGAGAUGGACGGCAUGACCAACAAGAAAACGGUCUUCAUCAUCGGGGCCACCAACAGGCCAGACAUCGACCCAGCCAUCCUGCGCCCCGGGCUGGACCAGCUCAUCUACAUCCCACUGCCUGACGACACCUCGCGCGCGGCGAUCCGUGCCAACCUGCGCAAGUCGCUUGUGGCCCGGGAUGUGGACCUGAACUACCUGGCCAAGAUCACCCAUGGGUUCUCGGGUGCUGACCUCACUGAGAUCUGCCAGCGCGCCUGCAAGCUCGCCAUCCGCGAGGCCAUCGAGACGGAGAUCAAGAUGGAGCGGGAACGCCAGAGCCACCCAGAUGCCGUCAUGGAUGACGACUAUGACCCGGUGCCCGAGAUCCGGCGGGAUCACUUCGAAGAGGCCAUGCGCUUUGCCCGCCGCUCCGUCAGCGACAAUGACAUCCGCAAGUACGAGAUGUUCGCCCAGACGCUGCAGCAGAGCCGCGGCUUUGGCAACUUCAGGUUCCCGGCUGGGAAGCAGAGCGGGGACGGAGGGACUGAUCGUGCAGGUGGCUCCCGGCAAGGCGACAACGGCCGGGGCGGCCUCUUCCAAGAGGAGGGGGACGAUGACCUCUACAACUGAUGGGUGGGAUCACUGGCCCCACCCCCUAUGCCAAAGCAUCAGCUCCGCCCCUUGUGCCAGACAGCCCCGCCCUUUGCACCAGGGCAUCUUGUACCGAAGCCUCGGCUCUCCCCCUUGCACCAGAAAGCUCUGCCUUCCCAACCAGACAGGUCCACCCCCUGCCUCAAAGAGCUCCGCCUUUGCAACCGGAAAGCCCCGCCCCUCGCUCCAGAGAGCUCCGCCUUUGCAAGCAGAAAGCCCCGCCCCUUGCUCCAGAGAGCUGUCUUUGCAACCAGAAAGCCCGCCCCUCACUCUUGAGAGCUCCGCCUUUCCAACGGGAAAGCCCCUCCCCCCCUUGCACCAGGGAGCUCUUCCCAAGCAGGCAGCCCUGCUCCCGUGCCAGCUGUGAUUCCCCGCAUGCCCCAGUUGCUCUUGGUUGUGUUCUUUUGUGUGGUAACAAACCCAGGUCUCCCAGCCCCCACCCCAGACCACAGGACCCCGGCGUCCUGUGGAGUCCCGUGAGUGUGGAGAAAGACCCCACCUCUGUGUCCCUCACAGCAGCCUCCCGCUCGGGAUUACAGCUCUGCCCAGCCAUGUGGCUCCUCCUGCCGGCAGCCGCCCCCAGGCCUGGGCUUAUCCUGCAGGCUGUGAUGCUGAGUGUGCCAGCCCCCAGGGAGAGACGCCCCCCCUCCCCCAGCCAGGUUGGUACUGUCUUAGCGCCAGCUUUGUUGUUCUGCCUUUCAGCUCCGUGGCCCGGGAAUGUGGGGAGCGAAGAGCACGACUCCCCCUGAGUCCCACCCCUGAAUCGGGGGGGAAGCAAGAGGAUCUGGACCCUGGGUUGCCCUGGCACCUGGGCACCAUCCUGCCUCUGAGGGCACCCAGACCCCACCCAGCACCUCACCCCCCUCCCCAGAGCUGGUGACAUGCGCAAAGGCCGAAGGGCCCUAGUUUGGGGCGAGAGGCUGUGGGAUGUCCCAAAUCCUCCCCCUGCAGGAGCCAGCCGCAUGCUUGUGCCCAUCGCGAUCUGUAAGGGCUGGACACUAGUAAAGAUCUGGAGUGUG